AUGGAGCUGAACAGACUGUUCCUCCUCACAUCCUUCCUCCUGCACAUGGAAGAUGGCCGCGCCAACCCAACGGGGCUGGUCUGCGACAAGAGACUCAUCCAGAAGUACAUCGAGGAGGCCAAGGACAUGGAGAAGAGAGCGGGCCAGUGCCAGGCACUGCCUGCACUCAGCUGCCCCGCGGUGCUGCCCUUGGUGGACAUCAACCUCCAGCAGUGGAAAUCCAAAUCGAAUGAGACCAAGCGGCGGGAGAUCCUCUGCGACCUGGCGUUGCUGGUGGGUGCCGUGGUGGGGGCCCGGGACCAGGUGACCCAGAAGUGCGGGACCAGGCAGCUGAGCCAGCUUUACCGACAGGCCAAUUCCUUCCUCCAGCUCCUGCAGACCUUCGGCUGGGAGGCAGGACCCUGGGAGCCGGGCUGCUCCCCACGCUCCAUGGAGCAGACCCACAUCACUGGCAUCUUCCUCACCUACCAGCAGCUGGUGCAGGGCAAGCUGCGCUUCUUCUUCCACGACCUGGCCAAAGACUUGUGCAAGCAAGGCCAGGGGGGUGGCAGAGACUCCCGGUGCGGGGCCCGGUGA